AUGGGAGGCGGUUCAAGCAUGCCAGAAGUCGGCAUUGGUGAUAUCUUCUAUCCUGAUAAUCCCAAGAGAAGAGCUCGUGCUGAACAGCUCUCGAACGAAACAAAAUGGUGGUGUGCAACGUUUAACGAACACAAAAAAACACUUGAUAGCCUUGAGCCAGUUGUGCGCGGUCGAAUUGACGCGUAUCUCAAGAAAUUCGGAUACACCACGCUUGACGAUCUUGUGAGCAAGGUCAACAGCACAUUGAGUGGGGAUGCCCUCAAGGAGUGGACAACUCUGAAGACAAGUCUUUCACAGGAACACUGGCUAGACAACUUCUUGCUGACUAUCAGCGGUAUAGUGGCUGCCGGCAGUGGAAUAGUCCUUGGAGGCCUCGUGUUGUUUUCCGUUAUCUCUGGUCCAGUGGGGUGGUCCGUUUUCGCUGGUGUCAGCGCCGCAAUGGGGGUGGUAGCUCUAGUCGCAGGUUUAAUAGAUGUCAUAAAUGGAGGACAAGAGAGAGAGAAACUCCGAAAAGCGAUCGACGACCUGUAUAGUGCGCGACUCCAGGCAGCUCAAGCUUACCGAAAGCUCGAGGUCUACAACAACUGGGUUAUUUUAUUCAGCGAUUUCUUCAAGGACGAGUGGAUCGAGCUGAGCCCAGAAAUCUUCGAGAAGAAGUUUGGACAAGGCUUCCGCAAUGAUUUUUACAAGUUCAACAGAAGCACUGUUGCGAAUGAACUCGAACAACAUGAUCGAGAAGUGAAUGCUUGGACCAAUGAAGAUCCGGCUAUCGCCAAUAUCAGUAGUAUGAUGCUCACCGCCGCAGCGAUGCCGAUGGUUACUGCAACGAUGGCACAGGGUGAGACUGCUCUGCCUGAAUCUAGCUAUGAAGGCACUGUCGAUGUGUCGGAGACUAGCAAACCAGAAGUGUUGAGCAAUCCAAUAGUCGAGGGAAUCUUGGAUGUACACGUUACAGCCGAUGGCGGAGUCCAGAACAAUCUGAGAGUACAGCUGCAAGAAGUUCUGUCAACGACUGCUUUCACCGUGUUAGACUUGGAUACAUCCGAAUUGCUUGGAGUUCGUGCAGAAGUUGCUGAUUCAAUCAAACCAAUGAAGACGUUAGAGGAUAUAAAAUUCUCUGUUACAAAUUUCUCUACAAUGGAGACAUUACACAAUUGCAUAUUCUCGAAGCAGAUAUUCGCUACAUAA